AUGCUGGAGGAUGUCACCAAGACCGACACGGUGGUGACGAGCGCCACGGCAAAUUAUCCCAAGGGCGUGAAGCUGGUUUCCAUCAUUGUCGCGCUGUGUAUGGCGAUUUUCCUAGUUGCUUUGGACCAGACGAUCAUCGCCCCUGCGCUGGGCACGAUCACGGCACGAUUCCAGAGUGUAAAGGAUAUUGGAUGGUACGGAGCCAGUUACCUCCUAACGGCAACCGCCUUGCAGCCAAUGUACGGUGCUCUCUACAAGUACUUCAACGUAAAGUGGUGCUAUCUCGCCGCCAUCUUCAUCUUUGAGGUUGGAAGUCUGCUCUCGGCCGUGGCGCCGUCAUCAAAGGCGCUAAUUGUGGGGCGAGCCGUUGCGGGAGUUGGAACGGCUGGCUUAUUCUCUGGAUCCAUUGUCAUCAUCUCUCUAUCAAUGCCCCUCGAAAAGCGUCCCAUUGCCUUUGGCCUCAUCGGUGGUAUGUGGGGAAUCGCCUCCGUCGCUGGUCCUCUCCUCGGCGGUGCCUUCACUGAGAAAGUCUCCUGGAGAUGGUGCUUCUACAUCAACCUCCCCAUCGGCGGCCUCGCCAUGUUCAUCGUCGUCCUCCUGCUGCACGUCAACCGCAACUCGGACGACACUCUGGGUAUGACCAUUGUGGAGCGCAUCCUCGAAAUCGAUCUCCUCGGCACGGCCAUCUUUAUCCCCGCUAUUGUGUGCCUCAUCCUGGCCCUGCAGUGGGGUGGCGCAGAGUAUGCGUGGAGCGAUUCCAAGAUUAUUGGCCUGUUCGUUGGCUUUGGCCUCAUGAUCCUCAUCUUCGUUGGUAUCCAGUUCUGGAAGGGAGACAAGGGAACAUUGCCGCCGCGAAUGUUCAAGGACCGCAACGUUCUUGCCGCUAUGAUGUUCAGUCUCUUCUUCGGCGCUGGCUUCUUCCCCCUGAUCUUUUAUCUUUCCAUCUACUUCCAAGCCAUCCAGGGUGUUAGUGCCGUCACAGCUGGUAUCAAGAUCUUGCCUCUCCUCCUUUCCAGCGUCUUCAUGUCCGUCGUUACUGGCGGCCUCAUCCCCGUCAUUGGCUACUACAACUACCUCAUCCUCCCAUCCACGAUCCUGUACACCAUCGGAUGCGGUAUGAUUACGACUUUCGCCGUCCACACUCCGCUGAAAGAGUGGUUUGGAUACCAAGUCCUCGCCGGCUUGGGCAUCGGAGCCGGAUUCCAGACCAGUGUCUUGGUUGUGCAGACGGUCCUGCCCCAGGAAUGGGUUCCCGUCGGCACUGCUUGCGUGCAGUUUUUCCAAAUCCUGGGAGGCGCAGUAUUUGUCGCCGUUGCCCAGACGCUCUUCCAAAACGGACUCAUCGACCAGCUUGCCAAGGACAACAUUGGCAUCAAUCCUCAGCUCUUCAUUAAUAGCGGUGCUUCUGAGAUCAAAUCUGUGCUUGCAGGCAUCGGUCGCUUGGACGCCCUGGAGACUGUCCUUGAGGCGUACAAUCUUGGUUUGCGUCAUACUUACUACAUUUCCGUGGCAUGUGCCGCUCUUGCAUUUGUGUGCAGUCUCUUCUUUGAGUGGAGAUCGGUGAAGAAGGGUGCCAACGGCAGGAAGCCUGAGAUUUCCGUGGGUAUGGCAUAG